UUCGAACUCAAGGUCGGAUGUAUAGGAGUUGAGCUAGUAGGACACUUCUCUGCAACAGUUGUCUAAUCAUGCCUAUUGAAGAGGAGGAUACAACGACGACGACGACGACAACAACAACAAAUGAAGAUGGACCAAAAUACAAAAUAUCCAGUUUUCUUUUUGGUAAUGUGAAUAAGGAAGGUCAAAUUGAAGAAUAUCAACAUGAUGAUGAAUUAAAAUCAAUUAAUAAUUUGGAUAGAUGUCAUGUAAGAGAAGUGGAAGAGACGGCUACACAUGUACUUUCUGACAAUAAUAACAAUAAUCCUAUACCAUCUGUACAAUCAGAUGAUGGGAGUAAUCAAUUGUUGGCAACUUCUAAUUCAAUGGAUUAUUAUAAUGAACAAGAAGUAAUCGCGGAAGAACUUGUAGAAAAUGUUUUGCACACUAUGAAACCUGAGAAGAUUAAAGAGGAUGAUUACGAUUCAUAUGAUGAUACAGAACUUGGAGCUAGUCAAACACAAAAAGGUGAGUCUGAUCCAACGUCACUACCAACUGAAGAGAGACAAAUUUCACCUGAAGAGAAUACAACCGUUCAAUUAUCUUCUACUGAACCUUCAUCACCCAACCACCAGAUCGAUUUGAUAGAGGCUAAUCAUGAACAAACAACUGGAGAAGAAAUACUGGAGUCGUCAUCACCAACUCUGUUAUCAUCAUUGCCUACUGAAAUGAUCUCUCCAUACAAAUUAAUGAGUUAUGCUGACAUUAGCGUUUCAGAGGAUGCAACACUUAUCAUGCCACCUCCACUGCAUCCUGCACCUCUUUCAGUCUCACGGGCGAAUCAAGUUAAGCCUGUUUAUUCACGAAAUCUUGAUUCGCCGAUCUGUAGUCCUAUUCCUGUUACCUAUCCACAUUCAGAAUGCACACGAAGUCCAAGUUAUUCGCCAUCUUCUAUACAAAAUCAUGACAAUAAUCAUGAUAAUGGCUUGAAUACACCUUUGGGUAGUCUUAUGCCAGUCGAGUAUGCAAAUGUUGACAUUAAAGAACUAUUUCCUUCAUAUGAUCCAGGAAAAAUACCAUUAUGGGGACGGUUAUUUCGAUUGCCACAUCCAUUGGGCAUCUAUCAUGAAUACAUUGAACGUUAUGAGUAUAUGGAAGAGAUGCUAUCACACAGAUUGUCAAGAAGUGAUCGUCAACAUCUUAUAUAUGAUGGAAUUUUAGAUCUUGGAGAAAUUCCCUUACCAGAAGAUAUUAUAUCUAGUGAUGAAGUUGUGGAGUUGAACACACCACCAACACCAGGAUUAGAUUAUUUAGCUGGCAGUGAAACAUCAUGGUGGCGUAGAGCAUUUAAAGCUGCUCUUGAGGAAUUAAUGAAUCCUAAGAAUGAAAAGACUGAACAAGAUGACAAUUAUAAUAAUAAGAAUAAAAAAGAAAUUCAAGAACAACACCGACACCGACAACACCACCAACAGUUAUACUUAGAUGACAGUUAUAAUAAAAAUCAUGAAAUCAGCGAUUCAGAUUACAAUGUGGCAGACAGUUAUAUUGGUUGGCGAUUAGGACCUGCAAAAUAUUGGUAUGAUCAAUUAGGCCUACCAUUGGAUAUCAAUAUCUCUGAAUGGACAGAAUGGAGACGACCGUUACCAAGUACACUGAACUGUAAUAACAAUAGUCAUAACUCAAGUUCUAUUCUUUCUGUUCCACCGUCAUCAUCAUCAUCACCACCACGUCCACCAUCGCCAUCUUCUUCCUCUUCAUCAUCAUCACCAUCGGUGACGAUGACAUCACCAACAGCAACUGCCGAUGAGCCUGCUGACAGUGCAGAUAAUGAUAAGAAUAAUUCUAUCGAUAUGAAUAAAUCAGUUAGUGAUUCAAAUUGUCCAGCAAUGAAAAAAGAGAAUAAUAACGAUGAUGAUGAUGAUGAUAAUACCACACCUACAACGACAACAACUGCUGCUACUACUACUAGUCUGCCUAAUAAAAAUUUUUCAGUUCAUGAAUGUCACAAACAAGAUCCAGAUGAUUGUCAACAGCGUUCAACAAAUGAAUCAUUGGCUCUUUCCUCACCUCCAACACCACGUAAGAAUAACUCACGCACAUUGUUAUCGGAAGAUAUUCAUCAGCCGAGUCACUUUUAUCCCUAUCAAUUAUUAAAUUGGGAGGAUGAUAUUAUCUAUGAUCCUCAAUUGAGUGCUGCUAAAAUUUCUAACUAUUCUCGGUUAAAUGCUGCCUAUGCCGGUUGGAUACCGUCGCAACAUUGUCGUACUAUGUCAGCAUUUCAAGAUGCAUAUCAGGGGAAAUUUCCGUUCAUUUUAAACUCGAAAACAAUCAAUGGUAUUACAUCAUCUUCAUCGUCUGCUUCGUUAACCACUACACUAAUCAUGGAAAGUCUGUUGAGUCAUCGUUAUCAUGCUGAUAAACAUUCAACAUCAACAAAGAACACAAUCCAAUCAAAUCCUCCGCCGCCGCCUCCUCCUCCUCCGUAUUCAAUAUUUCCAGUUGAAAAUCAAGCUAUCCUUAAAGAUGCCUGGAUACAUGAUAUCAUUUACGAUUGUGAUUUACCCGCUGAUCAACAACCUCCACCAUUUCUAUUGACAUUAGAUCAAAAUGAUGAAACCUGCAUACUAGAACCGAUCAAUGAUGCGAGUAUUGCUACAACUCUAUCGAUUAUACGUAGUCAACGACAGAAACGUCUAAUGAGCAGUAGAGGUUUAGAAGGUGAAGUAGACAAAACCACUGGAGAUAUGUCCACAACGGGCAAUAUUAAUAUUGGUAGUGCUAAUAAUAAUAUUAAUAAUACUACUACUACUAAUAAUAAUAGUAUUCGUGGUAAUAUUCAAGACGCCAGUUGGUCUAACUCAAAUCAAAUGAAUGAUACAAGUGAUAAUAAGUUGAAUAGUAGUAAUAUGGCUACAGUGAAUCGUACUAGUCUUCAGGUGAACUUUGGUUUAGCUUCUACGCGCGGUAUGUUCACUGGUGCUUUAGCUAAAGCUGAAAAAGGCGCAGAAAAGGUGAAAAUGAUCCUGGGUAAACAUGGCCUUUUAGCCGAGGAUGAUUGGCAACCAAACCAAUCAGAGAAACUAAUGACUACAGAUAAUGAUAGAGGAGCAGUAGAUCAGCUGCAAGAAGCGAAUGAAUUCAAUUCCGAUAGUGGGAAUGCUGCCUUGGCAUCAGCUGCAGCCGCUGUUUCUGGUAUCCCACCAAAAGAUCCAUUGAAUUUAUCAAAUGAUGAAUAUUAUGCUAUUCGGAGUGGAGCACUAGCUUUAGGCGGACUAGCACGAUGUGGUCCACUUCAGCAUAGUACACCGGCAGUCGAGUUAUGGCCACCAUUUUUCCCAACAUUUAUGAGUCCGUUACGCUUGCGUCAGUUUCAUAGAGUUCCAUUGAAAAGAUAUCUUCGUGGUCCAAUGUCACAGUUCAGUGUACCCUUUCCUGUAACUAAUCUUACACGUCAUAUUCAUCGUAAAAUGCGUGAAAGAGAAGAUGAACGAGCUGCUACAGGUGGUGGUGAAAUUUUCUUCAUGAGAAAUCCUGGAGAUUUAUCUGGAGCUGAUGGAGAGAUUGUUUUAUUUGAAUUUUCUGAAGAAUACCCUCCAUUGAUGGCACAGGUUGGUAUGGCUACAAGAAUAAUAAACUACUAUCGUCCAUUAGUGCCAAGAGAUAGAUCCCUUUCACCAUGUCCACAUGCUUACAAUGAACCACCUGAACUACCGUAUGGUUCACUUGUUUACGUUGGAGGUUCUGAUAGUCCAUUUCUUGGUGUUAUUCGACCCGGUGGUUGUUUACAGACUGUUGAAAAUAGUAUGUAUCGUGCACCAAUCUAUCCGCAUACACUUUCCAAUACUGAUUUCUUAUUAAUACGUAAUCGUAAUGGGAUUAGUAUACGUCGUAUAGCGAAUGCAUUUACUGUUGGUCAAGAGGUUCCCCUAAUGGAAGUCCCCGGUCCAAAUUCAAAACGUGCUAACAAUUUUGUACGUGAUUUUCUACAAGUAUUCAUCCUACGCUUAUUCCUACGUAGUACAGAUGAACCGAAACGUAUUAAAAUGGAAGAGAUUCGUAAGGCUUUUCCAAAUCAUUCAGAGAGUAGUGUCAGAAAACGACUGAAAAUUUGUGCUGAUUUUAAACGUACUGGUUCUGAUGCAAGUUGGUGGGUUCUACGUUCUGACUAUCGAUUACCAUCAGAAGAGGAAGUUCGUUAUCUUGUUUCACCAGAAGACUGUUGUGCACAUUACAGUAUGCUGGCGGCUGAAUUACGUCUAAAAGAUGCUGGUUACGGUGAAAAGUGUCUAUUUGUUUUGGAUGAAAAUCAAGGCGAAGAAGAAGAGGAUAAAGAAGGUCAACCUAAAAUGGAAGAUGAAGUCAGAGCUGCACCAUGGAAUACAACACGAGCGUAUUUAGCAUCACAACGUGGUGGUUGCUUUCUUGAAUUACACGGAGCUGCUGAUCCAACUGGUUGUGGUGAAGCUUUUUCCUAUUCUAAAACAUCAGCUAAACCUGGUGCAUUAUUUCGACAAGCUGGAGGUGAAGUGGCUAGAGGACUGUUGAAAGGUAAACGUACUGUCACUGGAACUGAUGCGGAUUUGCGUAAACUGCAUCUGCGGGAUGCACGUGCUUUAUUACGUUCAUUUGGUAUUAGUGAAGCUGACUUGAAGACAUUUAAACGUUGGGAGAUUAUUGACAUGGUUCGUUUCACAUCGACUGAACGAGCGAAACAAGGCGAAGAAGAAGGUUCAGCAAAAUUUGCUCGUGGUAAUCGUCUAUCAAUGAGUGAACAAAUACGGUGUUAUAAAGAAGAAUGUCAGCGAAUAUUUGAUCUGCAGAAUCGUGUCCUGUCGAAUCCAGAACUGUUAAGCUCUGAUGAAGAGAUGAGCAGUGAAGAUGAUGAAGAUGAAGUCACCGGAGCUGAUGGUGUUGGUCAUCGAUCUACAGGACUAGGUGGGCAUAGUUCCAGUGGACCGAGUAAUUCUAUCGGUGGUGUACGUCUGUCCAGUCUGUCGUCAUCAGCUCGUUCUUAUGCACAAGUUAGUCGUAAUAUGGAAUCGUUAAUGUCUAAUCGGAUGACAUCGAAAGAAUUAGAUAGUAAAGGCGAUGAUAAGGAUCGGAGUAAACUGAAAAGAGCUUUAGAAGGCAGUGAUUCAUUACCAGGAACAAAACGUCCACGUAAAACGAAUCAGUUACAGUUGAAAGAGGCUGACAUAUCCAGUACAGAAUGCAAUGAAGGCAGUACAACCGGGAAUACAGUAUACGAGGCUAGUGCUACUGCCGCUGGAACAAUUCUUGACCUUCAACCACCAUGGCCAAAUGCCAAUAAGAAAAUGCUGCGUAUAAUGCGUACUUAUUCAGAAGAUGGACAUCAGUACACACGGACAGAAUUAGUACCGUGGUCACCUGUAGUAGAAAUCUAUUUGAAAAUUCGUCAAACACGUGAUGAUGAGUUUAUUCAUAACUUUGUUGACUCAGAUGAUCAUUUCCGUGAGCAACAGAAGAAAGAGAAACGAAGAUUACAGGAUCAAUUACGUCGUCUUCGUAAACAACAACAAAUUAUACGAGAACGUGGUGGUGGUGGUGUUGGCAGUGGAGGUGCUAUGUCCGGUAUGAAAUCUUCAUUAGGAUUAGGCAAUAAAGCGAAUCGGCAUAGACGGCAUAAAACGCUUACAGAAGCGUUGAUUAAAAUGCGUUGUGGUGCAUGCGGUCAAAUGGGUCAUAUGCGUACUAAUAAAGAGUGCCCAAUGUAUGGACGUGGUGGUGGUAAUCCCUCUGCAUCUCUGCAGAAUGAUGCAGGCGUCCGGAGAACAACAGCAACACCAACUACCACAGAACGUGGUCACCUACGUUCACAAACCUCUCUACGCAAUUUAUCGCGUUCAUUUGAUGACUUAGGUAAUUCUAAGCUAGACGAUAGAGGAGAAUUAAGCUUCUUAGAGGCCAACUGUUAUACUGGUCGAAAAUUAGAACCUGAAACAAUAGCUGCAGCACAAGCAUUAGCCUCUCGACCUGUAUGUGAAUUGUUGGCAGAACAAGAAGAAGAGGAAGAACAAGAAGCAAAAGGUCAUCAUGGUCAUGGUACAGAUAGCCUUGAUGACAGGCAUCAUAGCAAAGAUUCAGAUGAUUUUGAUGAAUCAUCUAUGCAUAGUGCUUUAGGCGAGAAUGAUAUGACGGUUGAAGGAACUAAGCUAAAACUUCACUCUGGUUUAACGAAAUACAUUAAAGAACAAAAUCGUCGUAAUCUAAAGCUGAAAAUACGUCGUCAGUUGUUAGAUCGUUUGGAUGCUGCAGCUGCUGUUGUUCAAUCAGCAGUUAAUUCAAGUCGACGUGGAGCAAUGGGUGGUGGUCGUGGCGGUGGUGCUGGUGGAAGAAAUCGACGCUCCAGUAUGGGUAUUAAUGAUGAUGAUUUUCCGACAAGUAUUAAACAUCGUGGUAAUCGACGGCGUAUUGAUCCUCGUGUUGCAUUGAAUCAUAUUUUUGAAGGAAUCUAUAAGGGUCUUACUCAAAUACCCGGUUAUAAAAUAUUUAUGCAUCCAGUGAAAGAGAAAGAUUUUCCUAAUUAUUAUUCACAAAUUGAUACCCCAAUGGAUUUAUCUCAGAUACGUAUGAAAAUCAAUGAGAAUAGUUAUGCUACACGUGAGGAAUUCUUAUCUGAUAUCCGAUUAAUCUAUAAUAAUUCUUCAAAAUUCAAUGGUCGUUAUAGUGCCUAUACAGAGACAGCUAUGAAAAUGUGUUCCCACGUAAUGGAACAAUUUUGUCAUAAAGAAUUAAAAUUAAUGCGAUUAGAAUCAUUAGUGAAUCCUCUACUGGAUGAAGAUGAUCUUGUCGGUUUAAGUUAUCUACUGCAACAAGCUAUUGAAGCUAUGCGUAGUGUUGAGCAUAGUCGACCAUUUCAUAUACCAGUGGAUAAACGAAGAUAUCCUGAAGAAUCACUUACUCGUUAA